UGCGGGAGCAAACUGGGGACUGCAUGUUUCUGCAAGUAUCAUGAAGGAAGUGGUUUAUUGGUCACCCAAAAAGGUGGCAGACUGGCUUCUGGAGAAUGCCAUGCCAGAGUACUGUGAGCCUCUGGAACAUUUCACCGGCCAGGACUUGAUCAAUCUGACCCGAGAGGACUUCGCCAAGCCCCCACUCUGCCGAGUCACCUCUGACAACGGGCAGCGACUCUUGGACAUGAUCGAGACCCUGAAAAUGGAGCACCACAUAGAAGCACACAAAAACGGCCACGCCAACGGACACCUCAGCAUGGGCCUGAUGUCUCUGCCCUUGAUCACAGCUUCAAUCUCAAGGUCAAACCCAACGGGGAUGCCAAAUGGGUACAGGAAGGAGAUGAUCAAGAUCCCCAUGCCUGAACCAGAGCGCUCCCAGUACCCAGUGGAAUGGGGCAAGACUUUCCUGGCCUUCCUUUAUGCGCUUUCCUGUUUGGUUCUCACCACAGUGAUGAUCUCGGUCGUCCAUGAACGAGUACCUCCUAAGGAGGUGCAGCCUCCACUACCAGACACAUUUUUUGAUCAUUUUUAACCGGUGUGCAGGUGGGCCUUUUCUAUUUGCGAAAUCAACGGCAUGAUUCUUGUUCACUCUGUAAUACAGUGGCUUCUUGUUCACUAUAAGUCUAUUAUAAGCAGAAGAUUCUUCUGCAUAGUUGGCACGCUGUACCUGUAUCGGUGUAUUACAAUGUAUGUAACUACACUCCCAGUACCUGGUAUGCAUUUCAACUGCUCUCCGAAGCUUUUUGGAGACUGGGAAGCCCAACUGCGGAGAAUCAUGAAGCUCAUUGCUGGUGGAGGCCUGUCUAUCACUGGCUCACACAACAUGUGUGGAGACUAUCUGUACAGUGGUCACACAGUCAUGCUCACGCUUACCUACCUAUUUAUCAAAGAGUAUUCUCAUCGACGACUCUGGUGGUACCACUGGAUCUGCUGGCUUCUCAGCGUGGUAGGAAUCUUCUGUAUUCUUUUAGCGCAUGACCACUACACUGUGGACGUGGUGGUGGCAUAUUACAUCACCACAAGACUCUUCUGGUGGUACCACACUAUGGCUAAUCAGCAAGUGCUAAAAGAAGCUUCCCAGAUGAACCUCCUGGCCAGAGUGUGGUGGUACAGGCCGUUUCAGUACUUUGAAAAGAAUGUCCAAGGAAUUGUACCUCGUUCUUACCAUUGGCCUUUCCCCUGGCCGGUCGUCCACCUCGGUAGACAAGUUAAAUACAGCCGUUUGGUGAAUGACACAUAACAGCAGAACAGAGUGAGGGAAAGAACUGUCCGAAGUGCUAAGAACUCCAUAAGAGAAGAUGCCAUAAAAUAAACACCUCCCCAAUCCCGUUCUCUUUCAACAGUUACCUUGACUUAACCUAUUGAGUUACCUGAUCAGCACUGUGAUCUUUUUUUCUCUCCAAAGGACCUGCGUUGGACAACAAUAAAGAAAAUUUAACUUAUCAUGCACUGUACACAUUUCCUGUUCAUAAGUUUGGGAUUUACAUACCCUGCAGACCACCUUGUUCCUUUGUAUAUGAUGCAACACAUAAAUGUAAGCUUUUAUAUUAUUAGUUCUGGUCUUUCCAGUCACACCUGGAAAUAAAGCGUCUUAUUUUCUUGGGAAAACAUACUUUUCAUAUCUCUUGCCCCAAAGAUUGGGCUGUAAGCCAUUUUCUAGAAAUGUCUCUAUGAAGGUUUCUAAGUACCUGAAUGGGGUUCAAUUCUGAAAUCUUUUUACCUAUUGCACCGUUAUUCAACUAAAAAUGAUAGACACAGAAAGGUUUGGUAACCUUGGGUUUUUGUAAAAAAUCAGCAGAGCUAGUGUGUCCAAAAGUGCAAAAAAAUAUUUCUGUUCUAAAGUGAUUUUCUAAGUAUUUCCUAACUUUAUUUUUCAAAAUGAUGUUAUGAAAACCAAAUUUAAGGGGUUUUACGUGUUUGAGAGAAGAGAGUUGAAAUUGAAAGAUGUUUUGGGAGAGAAAUUUGUCUAUGUUUCUAGUGCCUUUCUUGUCUUGAUUGUAUGGUCAGUAGGCAAUCUUAAAUGUUUUUAUUUAAAAAUAAAGUAUUCCAUAAAAAUAUAAAUAUGUAUACACAACUAAAUUUCACAUUGGUAGCUGAGUUAAAUCAGAAGACUGCUUGUGGUUUUUCGAUCGCUAUGAAUUAAAUAACAGGGAGUUAAUUCGUAAGUCCGAGCCUGUUCCCAUAUUGUGAGCAGGUGACAAUUCCACUCGAUUAUUUUAUCAUCUAUUUGGUAGUUCGAUUUUAACUACACAAUAAACACAGCCAUGAAUACUUUUUUAAAAGAGAGUUUUGAAAAUGAUUACUUAACUAAAACUUGAAAGCUAUACAUUAGUUAUUCCAUACUCUCAUGACAAUUUUGUUGGUAACAACAAAAAUGAUAUCUAUUUCUUUAAAAUAUAUUUGUGCAGAAACUGCAUGUAACUCUAAGUUUUACUCCUAACAUAAGUAUGUUUGGGGGAAGUAUUCUAUUCUAUACUUGCCAAUAUGGAGAUCAAAAUAGUUUUUUAAGAAUGAAGAAAUAUAUAUAUAUAUAUCCAUUCUGUAUUUUAUGUGCAGCAGAAUUUAUCUUCUGUAGGUUUUUUUUGUGUGUGUGUGUAUAUUCACAAGGUGAUAUUUGUAUUGUAAAACAAUAAUGGUGAAGGAAAUAAAAAAGGCUUUUAAAUUU